UGUGUGCACUUGAACAAUCAGAAAAUGAAUGCAAUAGAAAUAACGUUAGCUGUGACACUUACGAAUAUAAUUGCGAAUGUUUGAAUGAGAAAAUAGAAGAAUGCGAUGGGUUGCCAUUGCAACUUUUCGCAACACAAGUAGCAACAGUAAAGCAAAUAGAGGCAAAUCAAAACAGCAAAAACCAGAUAUGGCACACGGUUUUACAAAAUGCUCCAACGAAAAAGCACCUAACAAGGAAGUCACCAGCUGGAAAAAGGUUUGGCAAGACUGGAAGGCCUAUAUAAAUAAGAAGUUGGCGGAAAACAAAAGAGAGCAAGCAGCUACUGGGGGCGGUGGUCAUAGGCAGCACCAUUUUAGAGAAAUGGAGGAAGCCGUCAUGCGAUUGGCCUCACUUGAGACCAGCACACAUGGCAUUCAAAACACCGUAACUGCUGAGCUAUCUGUGGCAGACGACGUUGCAGAUGACGUUGCUGACGUGUCGAUGUCAUCUGUAAGCCGCAGUCCAACACUUCGAAGGGGUAAUCUCUCUGCACGUAAGCCAACCGACACAAAUGCUGCAGAAAUAUUCAACGAGCAUAUAAUACUGCAGAAAGAUUUCCAAGAAAUGACUUUGGAACAUUUCUCCAAACAAGAAGCAAAGCUUGAGAAUCUCUGCUCAGGUAUGCGGCGCUUAUAUAAAGCAAUUGAAAAGCAGGCCGACCCAAAGAACGCAACAUUUGAAGAAACUCGAAAACUCCAUAAGGCUAUUGCGCUAUUGAUUCACGCUAAAAACGCAAUAAAACGACAAAUGCUAUUAGUGGAGGAAAAAGUUUAAAAGCAAUUUCAAAAAAAUGAUUUAAAAUUAUCUUUCAUAUACAUGUCUUCUUCUUCUUAAUUAGCGCGAUAACUGGUUACGCAAUUUUUCCCGCGUUUAACGUUUCUUUCUCGUGCUAACCGGUGCCAGUUGGUUACACCAAGUGAAGCCAAGUCCUUCUCCACCUGAUCUUUCCAACGCAGAGGAGGCCGCCCUCUUCCUCUGCUACCACCAGCUGGUACCGCAUCGAAUACUUUCAGAGCCAGAGCGUUUGUAUCCAUUUGGAUGAAAUGACCCAGCCAACGCAGCCGCUGGAUCUUUAUUCGCUGCGCUAUAUCUAUGUCGUCGUAAAUCUCAUACAACUCAUCGUUCCACCGCCUGCGAUAUUCGCCGCUGCCAACGUGCAAAGGUCCAAAAAUCUUACGCAGAAUCUUUCUCUCAAACACUCCAAGCGUCGCUUCAUCGGAUGUUAUCAUCAUCUAAGCUUCUGCGUCAUACGUUAGGACGGGCAUGAUGAGAGCCUUGUAGAGCGUUAGUUUUGUUCGUCGAGAGAGGACUUUACUACUCAGUUGCCUACUUAGUCCAAAGUAGCACUUGUUGGCAAGAGAUAUUCUACGUUGGAUUUCAAGGCUGACAUUGUUAUCGGUGUUAAUGCUGGUUCCUAAAUAAACAAAGUCCUUUACAACCUCGAAAUUAUAACUGUCAACAGUGACGUGGGUGCCGAUACGCGAGUGCGCCGACUGUUUGUUUGAAAACAGGAGGUACUACUUCGUUUUGUCCUCGUUCACCACCAGACCCAUUCACUUUGCCUCUUUAUCCAGUUUGGAGAAGGCAGAACUAACAGCGCUGUUGUUAAGGCCGAUGAUGUCAAUAUUAUCGGCAUACGCCAACAAUUGUACGCUCUUAUAAAAUAUUGUGUCUCAGCGAUUAAGUUCUGCGGCUCGUACGAUGCUCUCCAACAUCAGGUUAAAGAAGUUACACGACAGCGAGUCACCCUGUCUGAAACCUCGUUUGGUAUCAAACGGCUAGGAGAGGUCCUUCCCUGAUAAAAUACUUUUGUUUUUAUUUUAGGAUUUUGUAUUAAUUGAAGAAAAGAGUUUUAAAUGUAAAAAAAAUAUCGGGCUGUAUGAUUAAUGAUUUUCUUUCGGUGCACUGGUGUACUUUUCGUAAAGAAGUAAUCCUCUAUGGGUUCACUUUGGGAAAAAACUGCUUAUAUACCAAAUUUCAAGCAAACAUAAGUUGGUCCCUGGUCCAUCAUAGAAAAGACUUUUACGCAUAUUUUUUAUACACAAAAUACAUAGUCAAAAUUAAAAAUUUGAAUUAAAACAUUUUAAAAAUAUUAAAUUAAACACA